AUGGGUUUUACCCUUCUUGGACUUUUCCCAGGCAUGAAACACAUAGACAUCCUCAUCUGUACCAUGCUCAUUGUCUACAUUAUUGCUGUCACAGGGAACGCCAUCCUGGUCCUCCUCCUUUUUCUGGAUCCCCGGCUCCACAGCCCCAUGUACUUCCUGCUUAGUCAGCUCUCCCUCAUGGACAUCUCUCUUAUCUCCACUACCGUCCCCAAGAUGCUAACCAACUUUUUCUCAGGCACAACAGAUAUUUCAUAUAUUGCCUGUGGGGUUCAGGCGUAUUUCUAUAUUUCCCUUGUAGGCAGUGAAUGUAUUCUGCUUACCCUGAUGGCCUAUGAUCGUUAUGUGGCAAUUUGUAACCCCUUGAGGUAUGUAAUGAUUAUGAAUUCUCGGGUGUGUCUGCAGAUGACAUUUGUAUCCUGGGUUGUAGGAGCAAUUAAUUCCCUGGUUCAAACUACAUAUUCCAUGCAUUUUUCUAGAUGUGGUUCAAGAGAAAUCCACCAUUUCUUCUGUGAGAUGCAGGAACUUCUCAAGCUGUCAUGUGAGGACAUUUCAGCUUAUGAGAAAGUUGUGUCAGCAUUGGGAAUUAUAUUUCUCCUCAUACCUUUUGGUCUCAUCCUCACUUCCUAUACUCUCAUCUUUCUUAGUGUUCGCCACAUAUCUUCUCCCAGUGGAAGAACUAAAGCUUUCACCACAUGCUCUUCCCACCUGACGGUGGUGUUUCUCUACUUUGGUCCAACUAUGGUCAUCUACAUGACUCCAAGUGCCUUGCAAUCUUCAGAACAGGGUCAAGGUCUCUCUGUAUUCUAUACCAUCCUCACUCCCAUGUUGAACCCUCUCAUAUACAGCUUAAGAAACAAGGAUGUAGGAAAGGCACUGAGAAAAGUUAUGUGCAAAACUUAA